AUGGACGCCGAGCAGCACAACACGGUCGAGGACCGUCGCAGCCAGCAGGUCGACAAUGCGAUUCGUGCCAUCCAGCGGAAGAAGCCCGUCCCCGAGAUUGACUUUACAAUCCAUACCAUGGAAGAUGGCACCCAAGUUAGCACCAUGGAGCGUGUUUGCAAAGAUGUGCAAGCACCGGCUACUUCCAAGCCCACAGACGAGCAAUUCUUCUCGGAUAGCACCCGCACCAAACCCGACAUCCACUUCCUUAAGCAGCACUUUUACCGCGAGGGUCGCUUGACCGACGAGCAGGCCCUAUUUAUUCUCAGGACCGGUGCCGAUGUCUUGCGCGCAGAGCCCAAUCUGCUCGAGAUGGACGCCCCCAUCACCGUCUGCGGUGAUGUCCACGGCCAGUACUACGACUUGAUGAAGCUCUUCGAGGUCGGCGGCGACCCUGCCGAAACACGCUAUCUCUUCCUCGGCGACUACGUCGACCGUGGCUACUUUUCCAUCGAGUGUGUCUUGUACCUUUGGUCCCUCAAGAUCCACUACCCGAAGACGCUCUGGUUGCUGCGCGGUAACCACGAGUGUCGUCACUUGACUGACUACUUCACCUUCAAGCUUGAAUGCAAGCACAAGUAUUCCGAGGCCAUCUAUGAGGCCUGUAUUGAGGCCUUUUGCUGCCUGCCCCUCGCCGCCGUCAUGAACAAGCAGUUUCUUUGCAUCCAUGGUGGCCUCAGCCCCGAGCUGCAUACCCUUGACGACCUGAGAAAUGUUGAUCGAUUCCGAGAGCCUCCUACGCAGGGUCUUAUGUGCGACAUUCUCUGGGCUGACCCGCUUGAAGACUUCGGACAGGAAAAAACGAGCGACUAUUUCCUACAUAACCACGUACGAGGAUGCUCGUACUUCUUCUCAUAUCCCGCAGCAUGUGCCUUCCUUGAGAAGAACAAUCUGCUCUCCGUCAUUCGCGCCCACGAAGCUCAAGACGCGGGCUACCGAAUGUACCGCAAGACUAAGACGACCGGUUUUCCCAGUGUUAUGACCAUCUUUUCCGCUCCGAAUUACCUCGACGUUUAUAACAACAAGGCCGCGGUUCUCAAGUAUGAAAAUAACGUCAUGAAUAUCCGGCAAUUCAACUGCACACCCCAUCCAUACUGGCUACCAAACUUUAUGGAUGUUUUUACCUGGUCGCUGCCCUUUGUAGGAGAAAAGAUCACAGACAUGUUGAUUGCAAUCCUCAGCACGUGCUCGGAAGAGGAACUCAGAGAGGAGACACCGUCAUCGGCCUCGCCAGGUCGUAUUUCGCCACCCGUCGUCUCGACUCCCGAUGACCCCAACUCGAUUGAAUUCAAGCGCCGAGCGAUCAAGAACAAGAUUCUUGCCAUUGGUCGCAUGUCUAGAGUGUUCCAGGUCCUCCGCGAGGAGGCAGAGCGUGUCACUGAGCUUAAGACGGUCGCUGGCGGUCGUCUGCCUGCCGGUACUCUGAUGCUCGGCGCGGAAGGCAUCAAGAACGCUAUCAGUUCUUUUGAAGAUGCUAAAAAGGUGGACAUCCAAAACGAGCACCUACCUCCCAGCCAAGAGGAAGUCAUCAGGCACCAUGAAGAGGAGAGGAGUAUUGCCAUGCAAAAGGCUGUGCACGAUGCGGACAAUGACAAGAAGCUGCAUCAGCUGUCGAGAAGACUUAGCACGGACCGCAAACCCGCUUCCCGCUCGUAG